AGCACCUGGAGCAUAUUCGUAAUGUCACGCUGUCAAUCGUAUGUUCGCCGGGAGGCGGAGAAGCCCGGUUGGUCUAGCCAUACAGAACAGAGUGGAGAAGCAGAUGCCAUCUACAUGGAUUUGACGACAUUAGUAGGGUCCCGGAUGAGAAAGAGGGCACUGCUGAGGAGGCACUUCCUGCAAGACAGGAGGGCCUAGAAAAUGGUGGGAGUGAAAUCAACGUUUGCUAGCAUCCAUAUGCAUGCAAACUCUUCGCACAUCACAUGCGCACAUCGAAGCCAGCUCAGAUAGUUCAUAACAAGACACACAAGACUUCACUCGGCACCACCUCUUUCACUCGGUUUACUUCACGUCACGUAUUGACUGAGCGCCACCUCACAAUGUUCUCCAACCCCCACCCCACAUCAGUAACCUCAACUCCAAACCAUUUGAUGUUCAAACGAAGACGCUCCAAAUCGCCAACCAAACCGCCAGCCGCACCCGCUCCUACUAAGGAGCACGACUACAAGACCAAGCGAGCCAACAUCAGCGCCAAACUCGAUCGCGUGCUCCUCCAGAUAAGCCUUCACGAAGGAAAGCUAGUGCAGCUUGAAUUCGAAGCCACUUCAAGCCUUCGAAACCAGAGGAAGCCGCCCAAAGAAAUGGAGCAGAGGGUUAUGUUCACAAUGAAUACAAUUGCUUCGGCGCAACAGGAUCAUCGCGUUGCAAUACAGGGGAUGCGUGCGUGGACGAAAGGGAAGCAUCAGGAGUUUGGCAAGGAUAUCGAGGCAAGGAUAGAGGCGAAUCUGGACAGUGUUCGCAGGAAGUUGGGAACGCUGAACUAUGGCGACUUGAUCGUGGAGGUAAGUGCAUAGAUAUCGCGGCAGAGCGGCGGCUACAGCAGCUGUUCACCUCUGUCUGAGGUGCGCGUUCGAGUGACACGCGACUUCGAUAUUUGCGUUUCAAUGUCCCGAUAUUCUUACUCUUCAACCAUUCAGCUGUUUCUAUCGGCGAUGAACUAAGCUCAAACAUCAA